AGUGACAAACACAGGAAGCCCAGUACAGUACAAAAGGGGUUCGAGUCCAACAUGGCGACCAAGAAAGUCGACUUUCGUCGCUUAAAAGAAGAACGCGAAUCGCAGAAGAAAAAGAGGAAAAUCGAGUCUCCUUUAGCUAAGUAUAAUAGCGCUGGCCAGCUAUUCUGUGUAUUAUGCAAUGCGCCGAUAAAGAGUGAUCUUGUUUGGCCAGCUCAUGUCCAAAGCAAAAAACACAGAGAGAACAUUGCUGCUCUGAAGAACAAAAACACAAAACCAAGCCCAGAUAAUGAUAAAGUUGCAAAACCAAAAACUGUGGAAAGUAAAAACCAAUUUGUCAAGCCAUCUAUACCUGACAAAAUAGAAAAACGAAAAAUCAAUGAGGCCAAUGAAGAUGACAUAAUCCCACCCAAAAGAAGCAAAGUGCCAGAAAAAACAGAAUCAUCAACAAGCCUUCCUGCUGAUUUCUUUGACAACCAAUCUGAUGUGGGACCUGCACAGAUAAGAACAGAGACAGAUCACAAAACUACCACAGCAUCUGGCCUUCCCUCAGCAGAUUUUUUUGAGAACCAGCCAGAGACUACACAAGAGUCUGAUCGCAAACAAUCCAGUAACAGCAAGCCAUCUGAAGAUCUUCCAGAAGGAUUUUUCGAUGAUCCAAAGCUUGACGCUAAGGCUCGCAAAGUAGAAUACAAAGAUCCUCAGGAUGAGGAAUGGGAAAAAUUUCAGAAAGCAAUACAGAUGGAGAACCAGGUAUCUGAGGCGCUUGUCGAAGAAGAUGACGAGGUUGCGCGCAUAGAUCGCCAACUCACCGAGCUCAACGAACAGAGGCAGUACUUCCUUCGUGCGCAUACUCUCCGUGAUAAACAAGACGUUAUAAGAACCGCUGUAAGCGAGGAGGCCAAGCAGCGCCGGGAACAAAAAGACGAGGAAGAUAGUACGAGUACGGACAGCGAGGAUUUCGAGGAGUUUUUCGAUUGGCGGGCAAAGAGAGUAAUAUGAGCUUUAUUCCAUGGCGGGCAAAGAGAGUAAUAUGAGCUUUAUUCCAUGGCGGGCAAAGAGAGUGAUAUAAGGUUUAGUCCGUGGCGGGCAAAGAGAAUGAUAUGAGGUUUAUUCCAUGGGAGCAGAACGUUCUGCUUCAUGAAGACUUACUUGAUGGCGCCGGAUUAAGGUAGAGCUGCGGGCCAAACUAGAAGGCGAUGAUGUGGUGAACUCUCAUACUCAACAAAGAAGUCAGUAAACGUUUAUGUCUAGGUUUCUAAAGUUUAGACACUUUUACGGGGUCAAUAUGAAUGGACAAAUUCAUUGGAAGUUCCAGAGCCAUUAGGCGCCGCAGAACGUACUAUGCUUGAGAGGCGCGCAGACACCCUCGACCAUCCUUAGGCGCGCAGACACCCUCGACCAUCCUUAGGCGCGCAGACACCCUCGACCAUCCUUAGGCGCGCAGACACCCUCGACCAUCCUUAGGCGCGCAGACACCCUCGACCAUCCUUAGGCGCGCAGACACCCUCGACCAUCCUUAGGCGCGCAGACACCCUCGACCAUCCUUAGGCGCGCAGACACCCUCGACCAUCCUUAGGCGCGCAGACACCCUCGACCAUCCUUAGGCGCGCAGACACCCUCGACCAUCCUUAGGCGCGCAGACACCCUCGACCAUCCUUAGGUGCCCAGACACCCUCGACCAUCCUUAGGCGCCCAGACACCCUCGACCAUCCUUAGGCACCCAGACACCCUCGACCAUCCUUAGGCACCCAGACACCCUCGACCAUCCUUAGGGGCCACCACACCCUUGACCAUCCUUAGGUGCCCAGACACCCUCGACCACCCUUAGGGGCCCACACACCCUCGACCAUCCUUAGGUGCCCAGACACCCUCGACCAUCCUUAUUCGCUCAAAAACCCUCGAACAUCCUUAGGUGCCCAGACGCCCUCGAACAUCCUCAGGCACCCAGACACCCUCGAACAUCCUUAGGCGCCCAGACACAUUCGACCAUUCUUAGGUUCCCAGACACCCUCGAACAUCCUUAGGCGCCCAGACACCCUCGACCAUUCUUAGGUGCCCAGACACCCUCGACCAUCCUUUUGUUUUUGUUUCCGCUCUGCUUGUACCAGCUUGUAUUCUUGUCGUAUCCUUGUUGUAUCCUUGUCGUGUCUCUAUAUUUGUGUUUUUCUCGUACAUUCUUGCUUAUGCACACAGUCUCCAGAUCUCCAAACUAGGAUUUUUCCCUAACAUUUAAGUGCACCCUAGCCCGUUUAGCUCUCAAGCUAUUCUAGGGUGCCCGCACCGAAGUAUUGUCCCCCCUUGGUAUGCAACUCUAGGUUUUUUUUUCUCCUCUCCCUCUCAAUAAAUAUAUGAAUAUAAAAAAAAAAGCAAAAAAACCCAACCUAUGUAACACUUAAUUUUGUGUGCAAAUAAAAGAUGUUUGUUGUUUAGGCGCCCAGACACCCUCGACCAUUUUUAGGUGCCCAGACACCCUCGACCAUCCUUUGGGGCCCACACACCCUUGACCAUCCUUAGGUGCCCAGACACCCUCGAUCAUCCUUAGGUGCCCAGACACCCUCGACCAUCCUUAGGCGCUCAGAAACCCUUUAGGUGCGCAGACACCCUCGACCAUCCUUAGGCGCUCAGAAACUCGAUUAUCCUUAGGACAAUCUAGAUUCUGCUUACUAAAGGUUGUCAACGCUAAUAACGGAAGUCUCAAUCGCUUCGUCUUUGGCUGGUCACCCUAUGUGCUAAAGUACCAGAACAGCUGCGCCUCUGGUUAGCCUACUUUUUGUAAAGAUUAGAAAGAUGUCUUGGACGCUUGAAGUGAUAAACGAUUGAUUCGUAAGACUCGUGGUAUUAAUCAAAAGCGUAAAAUAGCGCUCUGGUUGGCUUUCUUUAUAAUUGCAAUAACGUGUCUUUUUGUAUUUUGUCAUUGUACAUACAGUAAUGCCUCUGUUAAGUGGCCAUCCAUGGGAACGAGUAUUAGUAGCCACUCGAUAGAAUUUUGCCGCUUAAUGAAGAUUCGCCAGAUAAGAGCUUUCUGCUGUAUCAACCAUAUUAUCUUGGCAAUUUUUACCGAAGCGUGCUUCAGUGCAAUAAACGGAUUUUCUGGCCGCUUUAUAAUGGUUAAGGGAUAACAAUUAUGGCCAUUCAAUGGUGGCCGCUUGAUAGAGGUAUUAGAUACGGUGAUUUAGUUGCCCAUUUCGGGGACUGGAAAGUCGCCGAAAAGGUGAUAGCCAUUGUACAUGCGACCAAUGUUAUAACUCAGCAGGUGAGUGUUAUUUGUAAGGCGUGUAACAACAGACAUUUGUAGUGUAACAUAAUUUUGUCAUUAAACGUAUACAACAAGUUA